AUGGAGAAAGCGCUUGAGGUUGUCAAUGAGAAAUAUAACGUAAAAAUAACUUUAAAGUGUGAACAAAUAGAAAUUCUGAGGCAUGCUAUUAAUAAAAAAGAUGUAUUUGCAUUGCUACCGACAGGAUUUGGGAAAUCCAUGACAUUCAUUCUGCUUCCAUUGAUUUUAGAUGAGGUUAAUAACGUUAAAAGUUUAUUUGAAGUUCCAUGUUUAGCAUUAACGGCAACAGCAACAAAGGAAAUACAAAAAGAUGUCUACGAUUUGCUAGGAUUCCAGUCUGACAAGACUGAAGUUAUUGCUGCUCUACCAAACAGGCCAAACAUAUUCCUGAAUUUGGUACAGUCUACUAGCAAGUACGAGGUAGAACUAGCUUGGCUUCUAGAACACAUGAGGACCAGAAAUAUGCCAUCUACGAAAAACCGUAAAAUUGAAAUGUUUCAUGCAAAAACUGACACUAAAACAAAGAACCGAAUAAUGCAAGACUUUAUUUCACCAAGCAGUAUCAUUAAAGUCCUCAUAUCUACAGUUGCUUUUGGCCUGGGCAUUGACAUUCGAGAUGUUGAUGUAGUGGUUCACUGGGGUCUUCCAGAAUCUCACAUGAUGAAGGUUUAG